AUGAAACACGAUCACCUGAGACGAUCUCCGGGAUUAGAGUUCCAUACCGGUACGCUAAAUGGGGUUCAGCCCUAUGGAGGGGUUAUGACGAUGUUGUCUAGGCAUGUGGGCUACCAGUCAUUGUUACGGUACUGUGAAGCGGAGGUGAAUCCUGAGAAGAGCGGGGUUAACAGCAUCGUUGGUUGCGCGUUCAGCUCCACACUGUCGUGCCCGUGUACUGGUCUACCUGCGGAGCUAGGGAGAUUGGUCACAGCAGACCGUCCCUCCACCACUUUUGGACGGUUGAUGGAGUUCCCUUGUGCGGAGUCGUCUAGCACCGGUUUACUGAUAACGACCCCCAACCUCGUCCGCUUCGGGCUCCUCCCCGCCGCCUCUUUAUCUUGGCUACCUGCAGCGGCGCAGAAAAGAGAGUCAAAAGGUGCUGCAGAGAGGCAGUACGAAGAGGAGGACGGAGUACUCCGUAGACAAUUCACCAUUCACAGCACCAGCCGGUGA